GGCAUUAAGGCAAACCUGGAGAAACGAAAGAUAUAGUCUGCACAUCCUCGGCUGCUCAGGUGGAGAGGAUCAAUAAUUUUGCCCCAGGACUGUCCCAGUCUUCGCUAAAACUCAUCCCAUCAGCUCCUGAGCUGACGCAGAGAGGACAGUGUAAAGGUGGAGAACGAGCCAUGCAGAAGCUGUAUAUGCUGAGAGUGAGGGCUGCCCUGGUGAGAGAAUGUAUGGCUGAGUUCCUGGGAACGUUUGUUUUGAUGCUCUUUGGUUGCUCUGCAGCAGCGCAGGUAAAAACCAGCCGAGAAACCAAAGGCCAGUUUCUAUCGGUCAACAUGUCCUUCUCCGUGGGGGUGAUGUCAGCCAUGUACCUGACCAAGGGGAUCUCAGGUGCCCAUCUGAACCCAGCAGUGACUCUAAGUUUCUGUAUUAUGAGGAAGGUGAGAUGGGGAAGGCUGGUACCCUACUGCCUCUCCCAGGUGCUCGGGGCAUAUGUGGCAUCAGCACUGGUCUACGUAGUUUACUAUGAUGCUAUAAUGGAGUUUAGUGGAGGUGUGUUGACCGUUUAUGGCCCAAAUGAAACAGCAUCUAUAUUUGCCACAUAUCCAUCUGGGUACCUCACGUUAGGCAGGAGUUUCCUUGAUCAAGUUGUGGGGACUGGCAUGUUGAUGUUAUGCAUCCUAAGUUUGGAUGAAAGGAGGAACACCCCUGCUCCUUCUGAUCUAAUUCCUCCCAUAGUUGCAACGAUUGUCCUCGGGAUCUCCAUGUCCAUGUCAGCUAACUGUGGUGCUGCAAUAAAUCCUGCUCGCGACCUGGGUCCACGACUUCUCACUCUGACUGCAGGCUGGGGCACUGAAGUCUUUACGUGUUAUAAUUACUGGUUCUGGGUUCCACUUUUGGCUCCACUUAUCGGAGGCCCUUUAGGCUCCUUACUUUAUUUGGUCUUCAUCGAAUGGCAGCUGCCUGACCCAGAACCCCCUCAGAACCUCUCAACAGUUUCCACCGUCAGCGACAGCAUCAAAAAGCCUGCCACCAGUAAAACAAGAGUAACACAAACGACACAACUUCUUUUAUAGAAGUCUUAGUGGACAUUUGAGAUGCAUUCUCUAUCCACACAUUACAGAAGACCACUCAAACAAGUCUCUCUUGCCUGAAUGUCUUGCUGUCCGUCCUCCUCCAUCCAGUCUGGCUCCCUGUCCACACCUCCAAUGGUUCACUGUUAGGAUCUGCUACCAAGUACCACCUACCUCAAACACAUUGACUUUUUCACAGUGCUCCAACAACUGGGCCCUGUCAUAAGAGUGUCCAAUAUGACUCUAAAAGAACUGUAGUAUAAAGUUACACAAAUCUGCUAAUUUAGGAAUAUAUUUUUUCCUUUAUUGUUCACCUCUACCCUGUCAUAGUUUUUACACAGUGGUGUUGACUCUUAUAAUUAAAAAGUUUUUCCAAAGUA